CCUACGCGUGACGUCAUCGCCAACGAGAGGUGUUCAGGAUCCUCGGAGAGACAGAUCCCGCGCGCCCUGGCAACCUGAGAAACCCAGAGAGUCCAGCGAGGAGUGCAAUGGGAUCAGCGGGGCUCUGUCAGUGGAGUCUGUACCAGGGCCAAGACUAAACUGGUGUCCUGCCAACACCACUACCCCUGCCCCUGCUCCAGCUCCCGCUCCGGGGCCCGAGCCCACGCCCAACCCUGGUAGAAUGGGAGACGGCGUGGAUGCAGCGCAGAUGUCGGGCAGCAGCAGCCAGGGGCAGGCCCAGUCAUUGGGUACCCCCAUAGCCCCAGAGUGUAUCGAUCCCAGUAGGCCUAAGCGCCAGACCAAUCAACUGCAAUACCUGCUAAAGAUGGUGGUGAAGACCCUCUGGAAGCACCAGUUUGCCUGGCCCUUUCAUGCACCGGUGGAUGCAUUAAAACUUAACUUGCCUGACUACUACACAAUUAUCAAAAAUCCUAUGGACAUGGGAUCAAUCAAGAAAAGGCUUGAGAACAGUUACUACAGGAAUGCCCAAGAAUGUAUCCAAGACUUCAACACUAUGUUUACCAACUGCUACAUAUACAACAAGCCUGGAGAUGACAUAGUUUUAAUGGCUGAAGCUCUGGAGAAGGCUUUCCUUCAAAAGGUCACAGAAAUGCCUCAGGAAGAAAUUGAGAUUGUUGUCAUGACAGGGAAGGGACGUGGCCGUGGCCGGAGGGAUGCAGGUCUGAGCUUAAAACCAGGGGCCAUCAUUGAUCCAUCGUCCACGACUCCUCAAACACGUGGUCUGUCGAAUCUCUCAGCAGCACCCCCGACCAGAGCACCAGUCCAGGGUCCGCCUUCACUACCUCCCCAGCCUUUAAUGCAGGCCCUGCCGACCCUGCCGACCCUCAUGCCCCCAACGUUGUCCAGCCAUGCGCCGCAGCUCGGAGCUCCCUACUCUUUGGGCCAACCAGACUGUGCUCCUCAAGUUCCCAUCAUGACUUCUGUGCCUCCUUCUGCUCAGACCUCCCUUCCCCCAGCAUCCAUCCAGAGCCCUGCCCCUAUGCUGCAAAAUCCUAUCACAAUGACCAAACAAAGAAAGAGCCAGAAAAGGAAAGCAGACACUACAACGCCCACAGCAAAUGACCAACUGAGUGAGUCUUCGCCAGCAGAGUCCAAAUCUGGGAAGACGCUACCUAGGCGAGAGAGCGCCCGACCUACGAAACUAAUAAAGAAGGAUGCUCCAGAUUCCCAGCAUCAAAUAGGCAUAGGGGUAGGACUGAGUGGGCCAAGUGGAGGUCAUAGCCCAAAACCUCAGGAUCAGCUGGGAUACUGUGCUAGUCUGGUUAGGGAUAUGCUGUCUAAGAAGCAUGCUGCUUACGCCUGGCCUUUCUACAAGCCUGUUGAUGUGGAUGCACUGGGACUACAUGAUUAUCAUGAUAUCAUUAAACAUCCAAUGGACCUCAGCUCCAUCAAGGCUAAGCUGGAAAACAGGCAGUACCGGGAGCCACAGGAGUUUGCUGCUGACGUUCGAUUAAUGUUUUCAAACUGCUACAAGUAUAAUCCACCAGACCAUGAGGUGGUAGCUAUGGCACGUAAACUACAGGAUGUCUUUGAGAUGCGCUUUGCCAAGAUGCCAGAUGAACCCGAGUGCAAGCCUCUGGUUUCCACCCCAGCUCCUACUCAUCACCAUCCUGCCCCUGUUAAGCCCCAGCCUCCUCUUGCCCAUGUUGCCUCAUCUUCAGACAGUUCCAGUGACUCGUCCUCUGAAUCGGAAUCUUCCACAGAUGACUCCGAGGAGGAAAGAGCACAGCGAUUGGCAGAGCUUCAAGAACAGUUAAAGGCUGUCCAUGAGCAGCUGGCUGCCCUGUCCCAACCACAAGCCAGCAAACCAAAGCGAAAAGAGAAGGAUAAAAAGGAGAAGAAAAAAGAGAAGCAUAAAAAGAAAGGAGGAAUGCCUAGCCUUGUUGAAGAGAUCCAGGAUGCUAUACCUGUGUCCCAGCUGUCCAAGAAGACAAAGACAAGUAACAAUAACAUCAAAGAAGUUGUACCCAAGAAGAAACCCAGUAAAAAGGAAGGGAUGAAGAACAAUCAUUCCUCCAGCCUACAGCCAGUUCCUAACCUAGAAGACGACCUGGGGACUGCUGGGUCAUCAGCUUCAGGGGAAAAGUGCAAACCUAUGACUUACGAGGAGAAGAGGCAGCUUAGCUUGGACAUCAACAAGCUUCCUGGUGACAAACUAGGCCGUGUGGUUCAUAUCAUCCAGUCCAGAGAGCCUUCACUUAAAAACUCAAACCCAGACGAGAUUGAGAUUGACUUUGAGACACUGAAGCCUUCCACUCUACGUGAACUCGAGAGAUAUGUGUCUUCCUGUCUGUCUCGUAAGAAGAAAAAGGUUGCAGUUGAGAAGCCUGUGGAGUCUAUGGCUACCUCCAAAAAGACUGGAUCCUCCUCAGACAGCAGUGGCUCCAGCACAGAUAGUGAAGCAGAGGCGACAGGAACAAUAAAGCAACAAAAGAAAAAGAUCCAGUCAUUGAAGGAGGGGAAAAAGAUGCACUCGCACGUUCAGAGUGGCCAAGCUCAGAUGGGGCUUCAUUCCCAAGCUGCAGGACUCCAGUCGAGCAGCCAAUUGAAGCACCUUCAGCAACAGCACCAACCAUCCCCUGCAGGCUUUAUUGUCCCCCCUGUAGCUGCUCUGGAGUCUUCACAGUUACUGGAGACAAGUUUUGAGUCCUUGCCACCCUUUGGUGGUCAGCCCCUCAUGCAUCUGUCCCACCACACGGGCAACUCCUCCACCUCACCUGUACCUCCACAUCUCAAUGCUCAUUCUGCUGCGUCAGUGUCUCCUGAGACCCACCCCUUCCUCAACCAGCAUCCCAUCCUCACAUCUCCAGCCCUGCAUAUUUCCAUGCCUCAGCAGCCUUCUCGACCCAGUCACAAGGCAGCUCCACUUCAUCCCAAACCCCCCCAGCAGCAACCAACAACUCCCCAACAGCAGCCAACCCUGCAGCAGCCGCAGCAGCAGCAGCAGCAGCAGCAGCAGCAGCAGCAGCAGCAGCUCCAGCCCCAGCCCCAGCCCCAGCCAGCAGCACCGCCACAGCAUCAGCUCCCCCCUCAGAUCCUCCAACCCUCUCAGCCCCUGCAUCAACGGCCCAUGUCCCCUCCAACACUCACACCCCAGGGCUUGCUGUCUUCCCAGCCUCCCCAGAUGCUGCUUGAGGAUGAUGAAGAGCCAGGGUCUACGACGCCUCUGAACCAAGUACAACUGUACCUGCAGCAGUUCCAGCAAACCCGUCAGUCUCAACAGUCCAUGCAGUCGCUCCAGGCGCAGGCACGUCAGCAGCAGCAACACCCGCAACCAGGACAGACGUCUCUCCUACAGUCUGUUCAGACACAAUCACAGAUCCCCUCCCAACCCACACUGCCUCCUCCACAGCUUCCUGUUCAGUCCCAGACUCAACCAGCCCCAUCACAUCAGGUGCCAUCCCAACAGAUGCCUCUACACCAGGCCCGACACAUGCAGCACACUCAGCAGCAGCAACUGAACUAUCAGCAGGGUCCUGGACUAGCUGGUCAGUCCCAAGGAUCACAACACAAGAUAUCCAUGCCCACCAACAAAGCACAUCAGAUCAUCCAACAGCAGCAAGAACAGCCCUCCCCUCGUCUGACUAAGGCUGACCCUUACCACACUGGUAAUGCAAGGGACAACCCUUCCCCUUUAAUGAUGCAUUCCCCACAACUCCCUCAGUACCCACCUGUCUCUCACCAUUCUCCCCUUCACAACAUGCAGUCCAAAAAGCAGAGGGCCCCUGGGAGUCAAGGUGGAAUAAAGGAGGAGAAACUUCCUUUAUCACCAGUGAUGAGAGGAGAGCCAUUUAACCCUGAAAUGAGACCAGAACAUAACAAACAUGCUGACAGCAAGUCUUGUCAACCAGCCCAUGGCCAACAAAAUGUGAAGUCCAUGGAAAGUUCACGACCCGUCAUCCGCUCCUCUGAGCCCAGUGGGCCACCUUCCUCUCUGCAAGACAAGGAGAAGUUCAAGCAGGAGUCUAAGGCCCCUGUCACCUCCAAAAAAGUACAGGAUGUGAAACUGAAGAAUAUGGGCUCAUGGGCCAGCCUGGCACAAAAGUCCACUUCUAUGCCGCUAUCUGCAGUGAAGUCAUCAAGUGACAGCUUUGAGCAGUUCCGGCGUGCUGCCCGGGAGAAAGAGGAGAGGGAGAAAGCACUCAAAGCUCAAGCUGAGCAAGUAGAAAAAGACAGGCAACGCAGAGAACAGGACAAACUACGAGGUCGAGAUGACGACGACAUCAUAGAGCCAACCAGGAGGGUGCACGAAGAGCCACGCAGGCGUCUGGAGCAGCACAUCCAAGCUCCUUCACAACAACAACAACAACAACAACAACAACAGCAGCAGCAGCAGCAGCAGCAGCAGCAACAGCACGCGCAGCAAGAGCCCCAGCCUACCAUUCAGCAACCUCCUCAACCCCCAACACCGCCUCAACCUGCUGCUCAGAACACACUAGACCAACAGAGAGAGAAGGCACGUCGCCGAGAACAGGAGAGAAGGCGAGAAGCGACUGCAGCAAUUAUUGACAUGAAUUUCCAAAGCGACUUAAUGGCUAUCUUUGAGGAGAACCUGUUCUGAAGAGAGGAGCUACUGAAACGUAACUGCAAAAAAAAUGGAUGAUGUAAACCUUCUCUAAAGAAAGAUUUGGUUGCCAUGAACCACAAAGAGACACGGCCUGUGAGUGGAUGUGGACUGGCAGCCACAUCUCGCUCGGUCCCUGUGGACUGAAAACCCAACACAUGGGGAUCAUCUUGAUGCUUUGGAUGUCAUUCCUUGGGAAUUUGACAGUACCUGCCUGAUACGUCAUAACAGGGGAAAGAGGACCCUGUUGGCACAGUUGCCUUUCUUACACUUGCUUCUUACAGUGUUUGUGGGCACAACAAUAAUCUGCAAGACUAAAGACAUCCAAAUAUCUAUGAAAAUGCUCUGAUAAUGUUCUGACAGGCUGCGCAGAGGUGUUUUGAAACUGCCAGAUGUCUGAGGAUGUGAAGAAGACUGGUCUUUUUAUGUUUUGUUUUGUUUAAAUUGUUGUACGUGAACACAUGACAUGGUUGGGGGAGGCGACUUCCAUACUGUAAAUCAUGUAUAUUUCUCAGUAGAGAAGGUACAAUUUGCCUUACACCUCCUUCCUAAACAGACCAUUAUGCUCUGUGGCCUGCACACAUGGACAAACAAUAACAUUUACAACCAGGAGAAGGAGCAGUGCAGAACCUUUUUUCAUCCACAAGUAUCUACUGUAAAGAAGUAUUUUCUUAUACUACAAUAAUUCUUUAUUUUGGGUCUUUCUUUUUUCCUCUGUAGGUCUUUGAAUCUUCACACCAACACACUCCACCAACUAUGUCUAUGCCAAACAACCCAUUAUCUCUUAUGCUAAAAUACAUUUCCUAAAUCAUGGUAGGUAGCUGUUAACAAAACAAACCCUGAAUAUAUGCAUUAUCAUAGUUCAAGCAAGUAUUUAUCAAAAACAAAAUCAAGUAAAGUCGUAUCCUUUGUUUCUCGAUCUAAAGCUGCAACAGGAAUUUGUUAGUAGGAGAAGGGCAAGGUCCAGUGUUUCUGCGCUCUAGUUUGAAUAUGAUUUCACUACAAGCGUUGCACCAUUAAGUGUAUUAAAUUUUGAGACAUAAUGUUCAAAAUGUCCACAUCAUUGGCUUGUAAACAACAGUCUCCCUAUUGGGUUCUUCUCUUUAGACUAGGUGGGGAUCCCCUUCAUGUUUCCUCUUUGUCCACUCUAAUAGAAACCUUCUUGUAAGGUCAGAGGUCAACAGGUAGCAGAGAACGGGACGAUCAGAGGAUAUAACUUAACACCUUUAUGUUUUUACUUAAAUCACGUGUGAAAACAUCGCUGAAAGGAGCUCCCUUUUUGUUUUUGCAUCAAAUUGUCUUCUAAUUCACUGAGGGCACACUGUAGACAGUUUAAGAUAAAAAGACAACCAAUACAAAAGUUAUGAAGCGGAAACUGCUUGAAAAAAAAACCAGUUCUGAUUUUUAUCUUUGUUCUUGUUCAAUAAUAGUGGAUGUGAGUUAUAAUUCUGUUCUUAGAGACAUUGUUUGACCGGGGAUGGGUUGAAAUCUGAAUGCAUCUCGCCCUCUUCACUUGUCUCUUUUGGUGUUUUUCUCCAGUGCCUGUAUUGUAUUGCAAUUCUCGUUGGCUUAUAUUACACUUGGAAGGAGUUGGAAAGGGGUGAGUCAGGAUUGGGUGGUGUAAUAUUUGACCAGGGAGGGAGGUUUUUGAAAGAGUUUGUGUAAAAAAAAAAACUAAUAAAAAAAAGGAAAAGACAGCAUUUUAUAUUUUACCCGUUGUCAAUAUUCGGGUUUUAAAUUUAGUUUUAGCUGGACUUCUAUGAGUGUACACACCUGACAACUUCUUUCUCUAUUUGUUCAAUCCGCAGAUUUUAGGUAGAUAUGUUUCAGCGUUGCCACACUAGCGUUUAAGUCUGGUCUGUGAGUGUGACUUUGUAAAUUUGGGACGGCUGUGUGACUGCGUGUUUGUUUUUGUUCAACCUUUUUUUUUUUCUUUUAACAGUGUGUGGUGCAGGGAGGCACGUCCCCAAUGUAGAUAAGCAUUCUAUUGAUGAAGAGAAUAAAACAGAUAAACAGUACUUCAGGAGAACUUGUUUCUGUGCUUAAGUCACCUUUUUAAUUUCUAUGAAGUCCACCAUAUAUGAGUAUAGAACUUUAUUAUUAGACUGGCUUUGAAAGGUUAAAACUCACAAGUUCAUUCCUUUUUAGCCUUUUUUUUCUUCUCACAAUAACUGUUGGACAUAAUGUGCCAUGAGUUCCACAGAGAAUGUGCUGACCCGCAGCUCAGCCCAGAGUUUGCUUUAUUCAGGUAUUUUAUUUUGUGUUAAAUUUGUUCUGUUUUGGGGGUUUUUGUGAACCAUUUUCCUCGAUUAUUGUUUGGUAUGUGAGUGGUCUAUCGAGGUCUCUGAUUCAGUCUGUUAUGAUCAUUGAAUAAACUCAUCUGUUUUAUAGAAAAUAAAAAAUAAACUAAAAUAUGCCUCUG